AAUGUCACUUUGGCAAUUCCAUUAAUAAGAUUACAUUUUUUAAGAAUUUUACAGUGAUCGUUGUAAGUGUUAUGGUUCGCCGUCCCCAUCGAUCCGAAACUAGUCAAAUCGCAUAGUUUGAUAUCAGGAUGCAUUUUUCGAUUCCUGACACGCAAGAGUUGAACGACGGAAAUGGAUCCACCUACAUGGGUUACAAUAUACAUAUCAACGGCGUUUUUCAUUGUACCGUCCGUUAUAGGCAGUUACACAACUUGAAUGAGCAGUUGAAAAAAGAAUUCGGAGGGGACCGGUUACCACAUUUUCCACCCAAGAAAUUGUUACCCUUAACUGAUGGACAACUUGAGGAAAGGAGGGCUUUAUUAGAAAAAUAUAUUCAAAUUAUUGGCCAAGAUCCAAAAUUAGUAUCAUGCGAAUUAUUAGUGGGUUUCCUGCUUUCUGCUCAACAAGAAACAACUUGCGAAAAACGACAUGAGUUAAAACUUGACAUUUACACCAUGAAUAAUUAUCAAAUUUCAUUAAAUAUCCUUUCCACUGAUCGUACAGAACAAGUUUUAUUAAAAGCAUGCAAACACAUAAAUCUCCCGCCUGAAUUCACAUCAUAUUUUGCAUUAUAUGUUAUUCGCAAAGAAGAGAAUGGUGGUGAUAUCACAAUUUUACGCAAACUACAAGAAUUUGAAUCUCCUUAUAUAUCUUGCAAGUCUAUUAGGGAAUCUAAUCGAUUAGUCAUCAGAAAAAGUUACUGGGAUAGCAAAUAUGACUUGGAAUUAAUGAAUAAUCCGGUUGCUUUAAAUUUACUUUAUACUCAAACAGUUUCUGAUGUCGAGCGCGGAUGGAUUUUAACCAAUUCUGACAUUAAAAAUCAACUCGCGCAUUUUCAAGCUCGAUUAGCUAAACUAGAAUAUUUAGAACUUGCUAGAACUUUAAAGUAUUAUGGUUAUACGCAGUUUAACGUUUGUUUUUGCGAUUAUCCCAAACCUCAAACUAAAGCUUUAGUUGCCAUUGGAGGGGAGGAAUUAAAUUUAAGACUUAUUGGCCACGUUAUGGGGGAAGGAAGCUUUAAAGUUACUCGAAUGAGGUGCUGGAGAAUCACAGCAAUGCAUAAUAAACCAAAUAUGCCAUCGAAUAGCAGUAUGGUGUCAAUAGGACCAGAAGUAGAGUUAUCCUUUGAAUAUUUAAUGGCUAAAGAAGAAUUAAAAUGGAUAACAAUAUCUUCACCUCAAUCCAUAUUAAUGUCCGUUUGUUUGCAGUCCGUGGUCGACGAGUUAUUAUUAAAAAAAAAAGGGAUUAGGCGAAAAUCGAUUUAUUCUUGCAAAGGCCCUUGGUCGUAUAUGAAACGCGACGGUUCCAGUCAUACAAUAUCGCUGGACGAUCCUGAUGUGAACACGGACGCCGUUUCAGAGGAAACAAAAUCAUCAGAAAGUAAUACUUUUUCAAUAAAAAAAUUGCAAGAGAAGUUUUCGAGCGUUUCUUUUAAAACAGGUAAAGAGUUUGUUGAGAAUCAUGCGUUUGAGGGGAUUGGGGAUGAUGAUUUGUAAGCAAAAUUAUUACUGAAA